UGUCCUAUGUGCCCCGUGUGCCCCCCGUGGCACUGCUGGGGAAGGUCACUGCCACCACCUUUGUGCUGGAGAGACCCUGCUGCGUCUUCGACCGGCACGCCAACGCCUCGGACACAGUUUGGCUGGUUGUGGCAUUCGUUAAUGCCUCGGCCACCUUCAGAAACCCCCUGGCUCGGGUUGACGUGCCCCUGUACAAGCAGCUGCCCACUGCCAGCUCCUACAUGACACUGGAGACAGCAGUGGCUGCCUAUGCCUGCUCAGCACCGAGCCCAGACGUCCUGCGGGUCGGGGCUGACACAGCGUGCAGAGACCACGGCAGACAGGACCACUGCAACGGGCCCCUGCCCUCUCCAGGACCCUACAGCCCGAGCACCAUCGACCCUGUGCCCACACACUGCAGCGGUGGCGUGGUGGUCAUCACCUCCAUCCUGGCCAGCCUGGGGACUGUGCUGGCUGCUACUGUGCUCGGAGCCCUGGGGGCUGUCGCCCACCCAUGCCAUGAGUGUGGCAGUUCUCAGCACGCCUCGCCGGCGGCGCUCAAACAUAACAAAUGCUCCCGGGGAAACGAGCCCAACCUGUUUGCCGUGGGGCUGCGGCUGGUGCAGGAAUGUGGGCGGUUAGUGACCACAGGUGAGUCCCACUGGGACGCAGAGCCCAACCGCCUGCACUCCUGCCCUCGGCACCCAGGCACCAGCACCAUGCUCCCACUGCUCCUCCUGCUCCUGCCCGUGGCCCACGGCGUAGACAAGGUGAAAUACACGCCGGCCCUGACCAAGACCCCGCUGAAGGGGCUGAAGACCACCUCCACCUUUGUGCUGGAGCAGCCUCGCUGUGUCUUUGGGGAUUAUAAAAAUGCUGUCAUCUGGCUGGUGGUGGCCACGGACAAGGGUGCAUCCACCUUCAACAACAGUGUGAUGCCAGGGACUAAUGAGACUGCGUACCAGGGCUUUCCUGACCCCGUCCCUGCCUACAUGACCCUCAAUCUCACCCUUGCCAACUACGCCUGCCCCAAACCCAAAGGGGAGAUCACAGUGCUGCGUGUUGGCAGUGAGACAAGCUGUGUCGGGAACGAGACAAGACCCACCUGCAACGGCCCCCUGCCUGGCCCUGGGCCAUACCGGUGA